GUCUAAUCUCACCGCCGAUUAGCGCAGAUUGUGUUCACCAUGUUGGAUCGAGCGCUCCUCUUGGUUUUAUGGUAAUCGAUCACCUGAUCGAUCGGCACUGAGCAGCUCCGACCUGCGGAGGUUCGGCUGGGGCGUUCUGGUUCCGUGUCGGCGCCACAGUCAGCAGCGGUUCCCGCUCUGCUCCAUUCCGGAUGCGGAGCCGCGGCUCGAGCAGCUGAGCUAGCUCCGGGCUGUCAGGCGGAGCCGGGUCAUCCCGCCUUCUCCUCGAACUUUCCCCGAACUUUCCCCUCUCCGGUCACGUGUUCCGCUGCAUGCGCACCUGUGGGCCCCAGGACCGAGGCGGGCGGACGGACCGAACCCCUGACACCGACUGCAGCCGCCUGCGAGGCUUUGCUACCCCUCGAGCCAUGCUCGCGGCCCCGUCCCCGCUCCUGACCGCCGUGGACCCGCGAGGCUCCGUGUGAGUGGACCGGAUGGGGGCGGCCUGCUCCCUGGGCGGGAGACACCCUCUCUGGACCGGACCCUUGGCUCCGAGUUCACCUCCGACCACGAAGUAGCCCCCCCCCCCGCGCGCGCACACACACACACCAGAAAAAAGCCCGUUCGGAACAGCGCCGAACAUCUCCGAACCGCAAGAGCUGCUCGGUGGGAGGGCUUCCGGUGCUGAUCCGGAGCGCGUGGAGGCUGGACUGCGACGCGGGAGAUGAAGCUGCGGCUGCGUGACAUGUGAUGUAACCACAGCCGGUGCUGUCAGGACGGAGGCCGCCUCAUGAGGGCCGUCGCGGGCCAACAGCUGUGUUCCCGGACCGGGGUUCGGGUUCUGUUCCUCUGAAUCCCCCAGACCAGUUACUUUCUGACCCGCCACUCUGAUGCCGCUGUGAGCAGAGAACACUGGGGUGAGGAAGUGGGUCACAUCCCUGUUGACACCAUGCUUGACAGACCGCCCCUCUGCUCCCACUGAGGCUGGUCCAUCUCAUGUUGGAUCCAUUGGACCUAAAGCGGUUGUGGUUCUGUUCUGGUUAAGUGUCUGCUGUCCCUCAUCGUCUCCUCAGGAGGUGGAUGGCUCUGUGUGGCACCACUGCCGCCAAUGUUCCAAAAAUGAUGGCUGCUUACUCUGGCGGCUCCUCUGCGGUGGCUGCCCACCACCACCAGCAGCUCCAGCACCUCCCGCCGCCCCACAUGCACCACCACCACCAUCACCACCAUGCGGGCCAGCACCACUUGCAGCACCCAGGCUCUGCUGCAGCCGUGCACACGGUCCAGCAGCACACCACCACGGCAGCUGCUGCGGCGGUGAUGCUCAACCCCGGCCAGCAGCAGCCAUACUUCCCCUCUCCUGCUCCCGGACAAGCCCCCGGGCCGGCAGCUGCAGCUGCCCCUGCCCAGGUUCAGGCUGCUGCUGGUGUCAAAGCCCACCACCACCACCAUCACCACCAGCAACAGAACUCACAUCACCUUCAACAGCAGCUGGACAUUGAACCGGACCGGCCCAUUGGCUAUGGGGCGUUUGGGGUCGUCUGGUCUGUGACGGACCCCAGAGACGGAAAGCGAGUCGCCCUGAAAAAGAUGCCCAACGUCUUCCAAAACUUGGUUUCCUGUAAGAGGGUGUUUCGAGAGCUGAAGAUGCUGAGUUUCUUCAAGCAUGAAAAUGUGCUCUCUGCUCUGGACGUACUUCAACCUCCACACAUCGAUUACUUUGAGGAAAUCUACGUCGUGACUGAACUGAUGCAAAGUGACCUCCAUAAGAUCAUCGUAUCUCCACAGCCUCUGAGCUCAGACCACGCCAAAGUUUUUCUCUACCAGAUUCUGCGAGGACUGAAAUACCUUCACUCCGCCGGGAUUCUGCACCGGGACAUCAAACCUGGCAACCUGCUGGUCAACAGCAACUGCGUGCUGAAGAUCUGUGAUUUUGGCCUGGCCCGUGUUGAGGAGUCGGACGAGUCCCGGCACAUGACUCAGGAAGUGGUGACCCAGUACUACAGAGCGCCAGAGAUCCUCAUGGGGAGCCGCCACUACUCCAACUCCAUCGACAUCUGGUCCGUGGGCUGCAUCUUUGCAGAGCUGUUGGGCAGACGCAUCCUCUUCCAAGCUCAGAGCCCCAUCCAGCAGCUGGAUCUGAUCACAGACCUAUUGGGAACGCCAUCCAUGGAGGCCAUGAGGACGGCGUGUGAAGGGGCCCGUGCCCACAUCCUCAGAGGACCUCACAAACAGCCAUCGCUUCCUGUUCUGUACACGCUGUCAAGCCAAGCGACCCACGAGGCUGUGCACCUCCUCUGCAGGAUGCUGGUCUUUGAUCCCUCAAAAAGGAUUUCAGCAAAGGACGCCCUGGCCCACCCGUACCUGGAUGAGGGCCGCCUGCGCUACCACACCUGCAUGUGCAAAUGCUGCUACACCACGUCCUCUGGCCGUGUUUACACCAGCGACUUCGAGCCCGUCACCAACGCCAAGUUCGACGACGGCUUUGAGAAGAACCUGACCUCUGUUAGACAGGUCAAAGAAAUCAUCCACCAGUUUGUACUGGAGCAGCAGAAGGGCAGCCGAGUGCCGCUGUGCAUCAACCCUCAGUCUGCUGCUUUCAAAAGCUUCAUCAGCUCCACAGUGGCGCAGCCCUCAGAGAUGCCUCCAUCACCGCUGGUGUGGGAGUGAGCGCUACAGCCGCUCCUCCUCCUCCCUCCCUGCAGACCGACUUCUGACCAAAAGCAAGGACGCUUGGAAGCAUCGUCUGACUCUACGUAGCAUUUCACUGGAGAGCGAGACUCACAGUCUGCUGUGUCUCAGCGGACACACGAAGAAAGCCACUGAAACCCGCUUCCUGCUGUGAAUGGCCAGACUGGCUCUGCUGAGAGCAGACGGGUUUGGUUGACCAAAGGAGAGAGGUUUGCAGGUUCAACACACUUCUCCUGUAGAAAUCCAGACCUUCCUGUUCUCCUCUUACAAGCUGCUGGUUUUCUACCUUUUCACUAUUUUUCAGUCCAGUCCUCCUUCCUGAGCCUCUGUUUGAAAAUAGCUGAGGUCACUCUGGCAGACAACAAAAACACCCAUCAGUCUUAGCACCCCCCACAGUGGAGAUGGUGAGGACUGGGCUGAAAACAGUUGAAGGACCAGAAAGUGUCCAAACUCUGAAGAGUGGAGGAUUCUUGAUGGAUCAGGAUGAAAUCUGCAUCCUCGGAGGAGACCUGUAAAGAACUGGAUGUGGACUGUCUGACUACUGUUUUAUGAUACACACGUAUAGAUAUAUAAAUAUAUAUAAAUAUAAUUCUAUCUGAAAACCCUCCCAAAGUGAGCUCCCCUAGAGUUGGACUGUCUGCGUCUGCUGCAGUGGUUCUGUACCCUUCUUCUGAAGACAAUCGAUUGUAACUUUGUGCUGGUAGGUGCUACUGAAUCCCUAUUUUAUUAAAAGGUUAUCUUAGGUACGUCCAAGUUUUUGUUGGCAGGUGGUGCCCCCCUGUGGUGCAUGUUCACGUCACGGCGUGCUUCAGUAACGCUGAGCAGAUGGACUCUGCCGCGCUCUCAGAGCUCCUCUGGGUGUGUGUGUGGGGGGGGGUGCAUCCCCAGCAGCGUCUGAACCCUCCAAAUGAUCUUCGGACACAUGAGACAAGGAGGCCACCCCGCUUUACCGAGAGGAAUGACCUCCUAUCCCUUUGGGAGCCAGACGGGUCCAAAUCCUCUGUGUUUGCAGAAUCUGCACCCUGAGGCCAGGUCCGUUCAUCAUCCUCACCUGCAGGGGAGCAAGUCACGUGUCGCCCCGCUCUCGAGGUCGUGGUUCUGCUUCUCAUCCGUGCACAGCGGUCUCACCGAUGUGGGUCACACACGGGUCCGUCUCAGCAGCCGGGCCUCGGGGAAGAACCUGCGUGAGUGCAUUCCUGCAGAGGGACAGCAUAUCCCGGAGGGGGGCUUGUUCUGCUGCUCUCUACCUCCCGAUCCAGUGACCCGGUUCUGUUUACCUCCACUCACACGUUUCCAGCUUUUUUACUGAUAGAAUAGAACUUCCUGCAGCUUUUCAGUCUGUCCUGUUUGUAUUACGAUGCGGCUGUCCCGACUGUUAGCUCCCAUUUUGACCCGUCAGACCCUCGGGGGAGGGGGGAGUGCUGGCUCCACCUUCAGCUGUGUUGGGGCCCACAGCCAGUUCCGACAGCUGCAUGCAGCCAGUCAUCUGCAGCCCGGUUUGUCUUACUGUGCUUCUGGAGUACGCCAGUUCCCUCAUGAUCUGACCCCCUGCCCCCCAGUUCAGGGGUUUGAAGGGGUCCGAUGCAUCUCUGGUUUCGUCACGCCUUCAUUCGCUCAGCAGGUCAGGUGUUAAAACUUUGGUCCCUUGAUUUCUGUCAGAAUCCUAAAAGUUAAAUCAUCUGUGUUGCAUAGAAAAGGCUUCUUGUGGAGCUCUUUCUCCGAAAACCAAGUCUGAUUCGCCUUAAGAACUUUAAAAGAUCAUUUAUAUUUACCCAAACAGAUCUCCUCUGCCCCUCCAAUAUAAGAACCGGAUUGAAAAGAGAACUACUUUCCCAGACAAACUGGUUCCCCUUUUGAAUAGAACUAACAUCAUGUGACCAGGUACCCUUUUUGUGUUAAUUUUUUCCUGUCUUUUCGAAUCAUUUCCUACAAUGGAGUCAGAUGAUUGAUCUGUUCAGAAUUGUAGCUUGUUUCAUGAAGAACACGAACACAAACCGGAUCUUCAUCUGGGUUUUCCUUGCAGACUCAAGUUUAGCUGAUGAGCAAGUCUUGGUCUUUUAAUGUGACCUUAUUUCAUGAGAAAAAAAGGAAACUUUGAGAAGGUACUGGGGGAUACAGUCAUGUAAACAGUAUUUGUUGAGGAAGCUAGUCAUCGAGGUUGUUUUGGAUGCAGUUACCUGACCUGCAGUAACUCUGCAGCUGCAGCAUCUGCAGGAUAAGCACGUCCUGUUUUUGUGGGACAAAUGCAGCCUUCAGGUAUAGAUGUGGGCGGGGUCAUUUGUCAUGUGACUAUCAUCACCUCAUUGCAAAAUAGCCUAAAAUUCCUCAAUAAACCAAAUUAGUCAAAAACGUUAGCCUGUUGCUAAAAUAGAAGCUAAACUCUAAAUUUCCUAAAAGAAACCUCAGUUAAAACCUCAAUUUUCUAGCAUAAUGCUAAUAUAACAGUGAACCUGACCCCGGGCUCCAACGGCAACCAUUCCAGCUCAGAUGCGACGCAGGAGCGGUCUAGCUACGACAGAUGACUUCCAUUGAUCCCGGGAUGGUUGCAGCCACAGGCUCUGCUGGAGACCUCGUGAAACUCCGAACUCACAAAAGUUCACGUGAUAACCCGCCAUUUCUUACCAUUUAGGUCAUUGAUAGACCCAACUUCACAAAAAGUGCUGCGACUCAGCUCCGGGGAGAAUUUGAACCCAAUGAAACAGAUUCGGAGCGCCAGAGAGGCCAGAUUUCAGAGGUCGGACAUGAUCGCAUGCAGUGGAGGUUUAUCUCCCACUUUUAAAGUUACGCUAAGGCUUCAGGAGUCACACUGAACCGUAACGCUUGCCGUGGAAGCUUGGGGUGACCACAGCUUGAUGGUGAGGAUGCUGGACCACAGCUUGAUGUCUGAAGACAGCAGACAGCCAGCAAGACAUUCAAAGUCAGGUCUGGAGUUGCUGCUGUGCUUUUCAGAUGAACCGGUCUUCGCUGCUUCCUUGUGAUGGAGCACACCUGCUCCAGGUAUCAGCUGUUGGUAGGAAAGGUAUUCUGAAAACAAGUAGGUGCAGAGUUGGACGCCACACAGGAUGUUUGAGCUCUGGACCUGAACCAGCUUUCAGUCCUCAUCCCUUCAUGAUCGUUUAGGGGAUCAAACUGAGAUGAGUUCUGAAGGCUGUGGUCUUGGUCCUGCACAAGCACGAGGGCCAAAGAGGACCUGGGGUGCUGCCUGUUGACUGGAUGGGAACUUCUCAGGAAAGCUCUCAGCUGACGGUGGAAGAGCGGCUCCCCCUCCCCCCUCCUAAUGAAGUUUUUGUGUAGAUAUGGCACUUUCUGAUGUUUCCUCUGUGUUGGUUGGAAGUCUAGUUUCGGGUCUGCAAGCUGACGCGGCUCUGCUGCGGGCCUCUAGGACCCGGGUAUGUGUGGGCCUGGAGUCUGCGGUAGCCAAAUAGAACAAACAUGUCUGUGCUCCAGCUCUGUACUUCUCUGACCGACUGCAGGGUGAAACAAUAAAUGUGACUUUGGACGAA